AUGCGCCACGGCCAUUGGAAUGGCUGGAACUUCUUUGUGUGCUGGCUCGUCUCGCUGGGCCAGCUCGCCUGCGGAUAUCCAUCCUCUGGUAUCAGCAUCACUCUGGGUACCGGCUCAUUCCUGACGUACAUGGGCAUUGUGAACGCCGAAACAGGUGCUCUGAGUUCGGAUGGAAAUGCCCUGAUUGGAGCUGUGUCGGGCGUGUACUUUGCAGGCGCAUGUUUCGGUGUUGUUCUAGCUGGCUUCAUUACGGACCGCUUUGGCAGGAAGCCCUCGUUUAUUGUUUCCGCUACGGUCUUGACUCUGGGUACAGCCUUGGAGACCGGUAGUCGAAACAUCGCCAUGUUCAUCGUCGCUCGAUUCAUUACGGGCUUUGGGGCUUGGGGGUUCCAGGUCACCACACCUCUAUUCGUCUCCGAGCUGGCUCCGCCUGAUCUUCGAGGCCUGAUGUCGGGCAUGAAUGGCAUCCACGUCGGCGUGGGAUAUACCAUUGCAGCAUGCAUCGGCCUAGGAUUCUACACGAUCGAUGACAAUCCGUCGAUGCAGUGGAGGGCUCCGAUCGGAAUCGGCAUAUUCUUUGCUCUCCUCAUGAUCGUCGUGUGCUUGAUUGUGCCCGAAUCGCCCCGGUUCCUCCUGCUGAAGGGCCGAGUCGAAGAGGCCAAGAAGAUCGUGUUUGACCUGCACAAGAUGAAGAACGAUCCAGACCAAGUAUUCGCCCGCGAAGAGUUCUAUCAGAUGGCCCAGCAAGCAGAGCAUGAGAAGAAGAACGAGGUUUCCUUGAUUACCCUCCUUACCCAUCGAAAAUACCGCAAGCGCAUGUCUGCCACCAUGGCGUACGCCUUUAUUGGCCAGAGCACUGGCGUUUUGGUGCUCAACAACUACGGUCCCCUCAUCUACAAGACCCUCGGCUACGACACAUACCAUCAAUUCAUCUUUCAGUGUGGCUGGCUUAGCGUCGCCAUUGUAUUCAACAUCGUGGGCGCACUGCUAAUUGACUCAGUCGGGCGGAAACCGCUUCUGAUGAUAGGCACCGGCGGAGCAUGCGCCAGCCUCAUCAUCGAGGCCGCCAUGGUAGCCACCUAUGUCGAAGGCCCUUCUGCCGGCACCAAUAAGGCCGGGCUCAAAAUGGGCGUCGCAGCAGCGUAUAUCUUCCUCGCGUUCUUUUCCGUCGGCGUCGAUGUUGCUGGUAUCACCUUUUUCGCCGAGGCAUUCCCCAACAAUGCUCGAGCAAAAGGAGUCGCUUGCAUUAUCUUCGUCAUAGCAAUCACUGACCUGGUGUACCUCGAGGUUGCUCCAACUGCAUUCGCCAACAUCGGCUGGAAAUACUACCUCAUCUUCAUCAUCAUCUCGGGCCUGGGCGUCUUUGUCAUCUACUUCCUGAUCCCCGAGACCAAGGGCGUGCCCCUGGAGGAGAUGGCCAAGGUGUUUGGCGAAAAAGACGAGGUCCAGGUCUUUGCCGAAGACAUUCACAUUGACCAGAACACCCACCGGCUCGUGGUCGAGGACCACAACACCCACGAAAUCCAGGAGAUUAUCGGCGACGACGGCACAGUAGCCACGACGGGUCGAGACGCCGACGUGCUCAGGGAUGAAAAAGCCCAUCGCGUUCACGCUGAACAUGCCUGA